UUAGACAUACGGUUAAAAACACAGGAGAUGCAAAGUAAAAACCCAACCCAAAGCAGCAGCACUUGUUCCACUUAACGUAUGUCAUCUGAUCAUCAGUCCUGUGAUAAAUGCAGCGUAAACCUUCCUUUACACCCCGGGCUUGUCUACACUGGGGAAAAGCCCAGAGUAGCUGCUGUGCACUAGCUAGUGGUCACUAGCUACUCUGUGCUAACUCUGUGUGGAUGCUCUACCUGCCUGCUAACAGUGCUGCGAGUAAUUUUUGUUUUUACCGCUGCCUUGGGCCAGGCCACGUUACCAUGAGCUUGCCCCUGAACCCCAAGCCCUUCCUGAACGGGCUGACGGGGAAGCCGGUGAUGGUGAAGCUGAAGUGGGAGAUGGAGUACAAGGACUACCUGGUGUCUGUCGAUGGCUACAUGAACAUGCAGCUUGCAAACACAGAAGAAUAUGUAGAUGGUGCAUUGUCAGGACACUUUGGUGAAGUUUUGAUAAGAUGUAACAACGUCCUGUACAUCAGAGGAGCAGAAGAAGAAGAUGGAGAAAUGAGAGAAUAAGUUUGUAUAUUUCUGCAAAAUAAAAAUCAGUUUUUCACAAAAAAAACCCAAAACCCCAAAAAACCCAGUGCCCUCAGCACGCCCAAAGUUAAGCUAAUGCACACAAAGGCACUCUGAGUCAAAGGAAGCUGCAGCAUGUGUAGACAUACCUGAGCUAGUUUUGAUCUAGCUAGCUCCAGUAACACCCACAAAAGCACGAGU